CUAUCAUGUUUUGUCCUCCGUCCCACCAGGCCAGCCCUGAGCCGUGCCAAAAGCCCGGCUCAAGCAGCCCUCCUCCUUCCCCUGUCGGUGCAUUCCCUGAAGUGAGCGAUCCUAAGUAAUCAGUCAGAUAUUUGACAUCCAUGAGCUAAGCUCAGUGGACUCUAUUACGUGUGCAUUCGUGUGGCUCGCAGAUCUAAGUGUUCUAGAGGCCAUCGUUCAAAUAUCCAGUAUAGCUUUAUGGCAGGGUGGCGACCUAAAAUAAUUUCAGAACAGACCUCUUCCCAGUGGUCAAAGACUGUAUGCAUUUCCCCAAAUACCUUGCAGAUAAUGAAGGAACUUAUUAUUUGUAUUCCAUGGAUAUUGAAAUUCCGAAACCAAACAGCAAAAAAAGAUGAUGAGCGGGAUAUGGAGUCCGAGAGACCUGCGGGUGGGAAUACAAGGUCCGCAUCACAGGGUCAAAAUUCUUACAAUGAUCCUGUCGAGGCAACUCUGAGGGUAGGUCAUCGUGGUACAAUGCUGGGCCCAUCGGCUAAUCAUGCUGUUCGUUCAAAGAGUGAUCAGGACAAGUGCAUUGUCACGAAAGCAGGCGAGCCCAAUGACACUGCCCAUAUCUUUGGCCGCCCGUUUGGUAUCCGUCACCAACAAAAAGAUGCGCAUGACGUCUUCUGGAAUACGCUUAAGUUAUUUUAGUCUCCGGGGAGAAUCAAAAACUGACGGUCCACGCCCUUUGGGGCAAAGCA